CCGCGGGCCGGAGGUCGGUCGUGGUUUAGUGUGCGGGGCCGGCGCGUCUCCCCGUCCAGUGUUGUUAUAUCGUAUCACUACCCGUGUUUCAAGUGACUAUUAUGAGCGACAGGGACAGGUCGUCGCCCUCCCUCACGGACACCCCGCUGAAGACGUACAUCGGCCGCCACGACGACGACUACCCCCUUAUAAACGGAAACGAUUUCCUGAGUCACGGGGCUAGUUUCAACAAAAAGUACGGCAAGUCGGUGAACAAUAAAGAUGUGCUUGAGGACAAGAAAGAUGAUAACGAGCUGUGGGACGCGCAGGCCGCCUUCCUCGGCCCUAACCUCUGGGAGAAGACGCUGCCGUACGACCCUGAUCUCAAGGUACAAGAAUACGUGGACCUAGAUGAGUUCCUGUCCGAGAAUGGCAUGCCGGGCGAAGGACUGGGUGGCGCUCACCUCGGUGGGUCGGCGUUCGGGCCAGGCGCGGGACUCGCGCUCGGCCUCCAAGCGCCGGUCACCAAGCGCGAGCGAUCGCCCUCCCCCUCCGACUGCAUGAGCCCGGACACCAUCAACCCGCCGCUCUCGCCCGCAGACUCCACAUUUUCAAUGGCGUCGUCGGGCCGUGACUUCGAUCCCCGGACGCGCGCUUUCUCCGAUGAGGAGCUGAAGCCGCAGCCGAUGAUCAAGAAGUCCCGGAAACAGGUAAAUGAAUUCGUGCCAGACGAUCUCAAAGAUGACAAGUACUGGGCGCGCCGGCGGAAGAACAACAUGGCAGCCAAGCGGUCCCGCGACGCGCGCCGCAUGAAGGAGAACCAGAUCGCGCUGCGGGCUGGCUAUCUUGAGAAAGAGAACAUGGGGCUACGACAGGAAGUAGAGCUGCUUAAGAAAGAAAACCACAUUCUGCGUGAGAAGUUAUCAAAGUUCGCGGACGUAUAGGCAGCCUAUCCCAAACACCCGCAUAGCACAAACACGCCACACGACAUGUCACGGGCGCAACAUCGGCGAGCGCGCGCGGACCAUUCCCCGCGCCGCCCACCUCCUCCGGACUCCGGACACAGUACUCUACUUGUUUCGUUAUUUUAAGAACUUUAACUGUUGUUAUGUUUCUAAAACUAUACUUAGAGUUUGAUGCACCUGUUAGUAUGACAAAACAUUUUGUACUUUUCAUCUCCUGUGGAUGUGGUGGCGAGGCCAUCACUCGUCAGCACUCACCUCUAUUCUCUUGUAAUGCUAUCGAUUUGCUGGUAUCGUUCCAUUCUACUUUCUAUGAUUAAUAGUAGUAAUAACCACAUUAUAUUACAUCGUGUUGUAGUGCUGCUCAUUCAGCGAAUCGAUAAGUGUUCAGGUGAUGCAUGUUGUUCGUAGAUAGGAUUAUAUCGCAGUUACCGUAAGUGUAUCUAGUUAGUUUAAUAGGUGAAUCUUAACCAAAGUUCCGCUCGAGCUUUGAUCUGUCGUCGUCUCUAAUUCCUUCACUCGGACACAGUUCGACACUCAACAGGGUUAGUCAACGACGUAUGGACCAAAUUAUAUGGAAAAUUGUUAUUUUGAAUGGUGAUUGUGGUGUCCCGUCCUGAGCGUGCGCCGCGUGUGCGUCGCGUGUGCGCCGCGCCCGCGUCGCGUCCGUGUCGCGUCCGCGGCGACUGUCCGACCCGAGUGCGGAUAUUAUAAUAAGUUAAUGUUGUUGAAUAUUUAUAUUGAUACCGGCACCGGUGGCAGCAGGCCGCCGCACGCAAGUUUGCUCAAGUGGCUCGCGUACGCAUUCGCAAAUGUAGUGGCUGCGUCUGUAUAUAGAUAGUUUUAAUAUGGCCUCGGGGCGGCCCCGGCCGCGUCCCGGACAUUCGAUGCUACUCGAAAUCUGUAUUAUAAAAACGUCGCUGUUGUAAACUCUGUCCCCGUCCGUCCCCCUUUUCUGGAAGUUUCUCCUAUGAGCCGUCGGUUGCCGCCACGUUUUACUGUUACCCUCGUGCCCCUAGCUCGCUUCGUAGGAUUGUUCCGUAUGAAAUUAAAUCUCCAAAGGGACCCAGGGCCGCCUCGCGCGAUCCCCUGCCCCCUGCAUACCCUCUGUCGUUUCCGUAGAGAGCGAUAACACUAGUGUCGUUUCAAAUUUACUUAGUGGAUAGUUUAAGUAGUUCGUAGAUUCCGUAGUGUAGUUGUUAUUAGUCUAUUUUCGUUAUAAAAUUUUUGGAAGUUUAUAUAAUUUUUUUUUUAGUUGUAAAGAAAUUCGCGUUAUUGUAUCGAUAUGGGUAGAACCUGCAUAUAGAGAUAGUCGGCGCCCCGCGUCAACACCACUCCCAGGGAGUGUGGGCUGCCGCGUUCGCCGGCCGCUCGGAGAGCCUGGAUUCGUGGCAACUAACCCUCACACACCGGUACAACGACUGUCGCACGCGUGAGAUAGAACAGGACAGCAGUACGCUGCGUGUCAGUCUCUCCCAUGCGUGCGAUGGAGACGAAGCCGUUGUCUAUGAGUUGGUCGGGCUUGGCUCUGCGAACGGCGGCGUGGGCGGCGGGGCCCGCACAUCGUGGACGGGUCAUCGCGACCGCGUCCAUACGCACUGACUACGUCUCCUCGACGUUUCCUCCGCACUCUACUUGACUCGUGCUAUUGUUAUAAUAUAUUUUUGUAGGUUUUUGUCGUUGAUAAAUGAGUCAAUUGAAUGUUUAAUGAAUUGAAAAAUUAAUGUUUAUAACUAAGACUAAGAAGUUGUUGCAUUUGAAAGUAUUUUAUGGAUACAAAGCGAGAACAAUAAAAUGUUUUUUCUAUAAAGAUUUACAUGUGAGGGAUUCUACUAAGGUGUGAAGGUUAAAUUUGGAAAUGCACUGUUUCAUAUCAAACGAUAUUAUAUUAUGUAUUAUAACUUAAUGUUAAUCGGCCGCGCAGUGCGGCAUUUGAUAUUCCAUCUUGUUUGUUAAAAAGUAUAUACAUUGGAUUAUGCAAUUGCGUAUAUUAGUACCUAUACAUACAUGAUAUAAUUGUUUCUCCGAAAAAUGUAAGAUGGGUAUAAUGAUAUUAUAUUAUUAAGGUAUCGUGAUAAGAAGGAGUCGUAUGUAAGAGCAUUGUGGUAAAGUUUACCUAACUUGAUAAGUGAAGUGUCUGUAAAAUGGUCGGGGCGGGUUCAACGCGGCUCCGGUCGCCGCUGUCGGUGCUGGAGCCGGCCCCAUCCCGCCCCCUCCCUCGCCCGUCCCGCUGUCGCCCGAACCGACCCCGCCCCACCCCAAACCCAGGCCCAAGUCCUCCCCGUCCGACGCCCGGCGCCGGGGCAUCUCCACCCAGCCCCACUCUAGUGUUGCCUAAUAAUCAAUUUUCAUUUGAUCGAUACUGUUCAACCUCAUUAACUAAAAUCCACAGGACUAUCGGUUGAUUCGAUAUAAUCAAUGAAAGGCUUUAUGUAAUUUUAUCAUGUAAGAUCAACUUGAUGUACGAUACUUUGGAUUAGA